GCAAAGUAGUUGUUAGUAGUAGCAAUAGUACAGUUAGUUUGGAAUAAGAAAACAUGGCAAAUUAUAGAAUAUUUGGAGCACUUACGCGUUUUUCACGUAAAAACGUUAAUUUUAUAUAUACAGCGAUACCACAACCUUUAAGAACACUUACAAGCAUACCAAGCAAAAAGCAUUUUAAAUGUAAAGUUGUUGACGAUGUAGCAGUUAUUACUUUAGAUUCCCCAGGGACUAAGGUAAACACAUUAAAUUCAGAAGUAAUGGAAGAAAUAACUACUAUUUUAAAAGACAUGAAAGAUAAUAGUUCUGUUAAAUCUGCUGUCUUGAUAAGUGGAAAACCAGGUAAUUUUAUAGCAGGUGCAGAUUUAACUAUGUUACAAAAGUGUUUAACAGAAGAAGAUGGUUACAAUAUAUCUAAGAGCGGUCAACAAAUUUUGAAUAAUAUAGCAGAAAGUAAAAAGCCAAUUGUAGCAGCUAUUCAAGGAGGUUGUCUUGGUGGUGGUUUGGAGGUUGCAUUGGCAUGUCAUUAUCGAAUUGCAGUUAAUGAUACCAAAACUGGUCUAGGUUUACCAGAAGUAAUGGUUGGCCUUCUUCCCGGUGCAGGAGGAACACAACGAUUGUCUAAACUUAUUUCUGUUCCAAAUAUGCUUGAUAUGACUCUUACUGGCAAAACUCUUAAAGCAAAGAAAGCUAAAACAGUUGGAUUAGUUGAUAUGUUGGUUAAUCGUCUUGGUCCAGGUGUUGCAUCAUCUGAAGAAAAUACUAGACAUUAUUUGGAAGAAAUUGCUAUAAAGGCUGCCAAAGAUAUAGCAAAUGGAAAUUUGAAAGUUGAUCGUAAUCCAAAGUCAAUACAAAAUAAAAUUAUGAAUUAUGCUUUAACUUUUGACUUUGUAAAAGAUCAAAUAUUUAAGAGGGCAAAAGCUCAAGUUAUGAAAAUGACAGGAGGACUAUAUCCUGCACCUUUGAAAAUUUUAGAAGUAGUUCGUACGGGUUUAGAUAAAGGACCAACCGCAGGUUAUGAAGCAGAAGCCAAAACUUUUGGUCAAUUAGCAAUUACCCCCCAGUGCAAAGGUCUUACAAAUCUCUUUUUCGGGCAAACUGCUUGCAAAAGAAAUCGUUUUGGAGUACCAAAGAAUGCUGUCAAAAAAUUAUCUGUUAUUGGUGCUGGUUUGAUGGGUGCGGGUAUUGCGCAAGUAAGCAUUGACAAAGGAUUUGAUGUUAUUUUGAAAGAUACUAACGAAGCAGGAUUGUUCCGUGGAGUGGGUCAAAUUCAAAAGGGUUUAGAUAAUGCUGUCAAAAGACAUCGUCUUACCAGAAUCCAAAAAGAUAAAUAUUUGGCUAAUCUUGAGCCCACGUUACAAUACGAUUUAUUCAAAAAUUCAGAUUUAGUUAUUGAAGCAGUUUUUGAAGAUAUUGCUGUUAAACAUAAAGUCAUAAAAGAAAUCGAGGCACAUGCUCCAGAAUAUUGUAUUAUCGCAACGAAUACAUCCGCGAUUCCUAUUGCGAAGAUUGCUGCUGGAAGUAGUCGACCAGAAAAAGUGAUCGGCAUGCAUUAUUUCUCACCAGUAGAUAAGAUGCAAUUAUUGGAAAUAAUUACACAUAAGGGUACAGCAGAUGAAACUAUAAAAGCAGCUGUAGAAGUUGGUUUGAAACAAGGCAAGACUGUUAUCACGGUUGGAGAUGGACCUGGAUUUUACACCACAAGAAUACUCUCUGCCAUGAUUUCAGAAGCAAUUAGAUUGAUGCAGGAAGGUGUUGAUCCUGUAAUUUUGGACAAGUUGACCAAAUCAUUUGGAUUUCCUGUAGGUGCAGCAACUUUAUCUGAUGAAGUGGGUAUCGAUGUAGGAGCACAUAUUAGUGUAGAUUUAGGAAAAGCUUUGGGUGAACGUUUUACAGGAGGAAACGCGAAUAUUAUGUUAGAUAUGGUCAAAGCUGGCUUCCUUGGCCGUAAAUCGGGCAAAGGUAUAUUCGUAUACGAAAAGAAUACGAAGAACAAAGAUGUCAAUCUCGAGGCAUUAAAUAUUUUGAAAAAAUAUGCAACUGAGCCUAAAGGAAGUACUUCUCUUGAAGAUCGUCAAAUGAGAAUGGUAUCUCGAUUUGUUAACGAAGCGGUACUUUGUUUAGAAGAGAAUAUCUUAGCAAAUCCUUUGGAAGGAGAUGUGGGUGCCGUCUUUGGAUUAGGUUUUCCACCGUUUACUGGAGGACCUUUUAGAUGGGUAGAUUCAUAUGGAGCACACAGACUAGUAAAAAAGAUGGAAGAAUUCCAAAGUCAUUAUGGCCUUGCUUUUAAACCGUGCCAAACAUUAUACGAUAUGGCAUCUGAUUCGACGAAAAAAUUCCAUAAACAAUAAAAAUGUUAAAUACUUUUAACUUUUAUGUAAUAUUAAGUACACAAGCAUUUAUCUUCCAAAUAAGCACUAUAUUCUGGCAAACUAUUUACAGCGUGUUUUAACAUUAUACUUGCUAUAUUAUUUUUUAAUGGUGCAAUUUAUACUGUUGUAUAGUUUAUAAAAUCUUUUAUAAUUUUUAUAUGAUCAUCCUAUAUUGUUGUCAUAUGUAUGUAUAUAUACAUAUUGUAAUAACUUUAUUCUUGUAGAAAGUUGAUAAAAUGUAAACGUAUAUAUAUCGGAAAUAUCUUCUAAUGAAAUAUAGUGCUAUUAUUUUACUAUACUACCAUUAGAAAUGUGAUUAUUGAAUGCAUUCACUACCAGUAUCCUAUAAAUAUUCUAUGCUUGUAAAUGCGAAUCAAUUCUUAACUGCAUAGCAAUGUCAGUAAACCUGUUUUGUAUAUAUUUUUUAUUUGUUCAGUAUGAAUAUACAUAUGUAAAGAUGGAAAUAUAAUUUGAUGCAACAUCAGAA